AUGCGCUUUAGCAGAUUUUUUUGGUGCCUCACAUUUUCAAAAGGCUCACAGUCAAAGUCGGCGGAGCCCGAACGGGAUAAAAAAACUCAGUUACACUUUUAUCCGGUAAAGGUGAGCAGUGGACCGAGUUCUUCGAAAAAGCAGAAAACAAGUCACAGUGAUAAUCCGCCGAUUGAAGAACCCGUUGGUUGGGUGUUCGGGACUCGAUCACGCACAUCUUCUACCAAUGCUGAUUCGGUCGAAUCAACGAGCGCUCGCACAAUUUCUGGUCCUCCGUAUCACGUUGCUCAUAAGUUAAUGCAAGAGAAUGGCUUCGAGGAACAAGUGUACACGAAAUGGCGGGAAGCAUGCUUGGGGCAGCGCAAACAUGUUGGAUAUGGUACCACCGAGAUGAACACUUAUUUCCGCUUUUUGUCAUUCUUCUUGCAGGACCAUUUUAACCGAAGCAUGUACCAGGAAUUUAAGCAGCUAGCUAUCGAGGAUGCUGAAGCGGGUACGGUAUAG